AUGUUGCCCCUCAGUCCUGGGUUAGCUGUAGCUUGUCUUCAAAUCAUCAUCUUCUCUGAAAACUGGGCUUUGGCCAAGAACAUCAACUUCUACAAUGUGAGACCUCCUCUUGAUCCCACACCGUUUCCAAACAGCUUCAAAUGUUUUACCUGUGAAAAUGCUGCAGAUAAUUAUAACUGUAACCGAUGGGCAGAAGAUAAAUGGUGUCCACAAAAUACACAAUAUUGCUUAACAGUUCAUCGCUUCACCAGCUAUGGAAGUAGUACAUCUAUCACCAAAAAAUGUGCUUCAAAGAGCGAGUGUCAUUUUGUUGGCUGUCACCACCACCAAGAUGGAGGACAAACAGAAUGCAGAUCAUGCUGUGAAGGGAUGAUUUGCAAUGUGGAAGUCCCCACAAAUCACACAAAUGCAGUGUUUGCAGUAAUACAGGCUCGGAGGUCAUCAGGCACCAUCCUUUGGACAUUCAGUUUACCAGUGCUUGCUUGUGUUUUCACAAUUCACUUACUAUGAUGCUACUGAUCCCAGGAGAAUUAGAGACAAUCUAUCCAAUUUCAAGCUUGAAACUGUGAGCAAUGAACUUUCUGGUUGGAGUUGAACUUUGCACGUUAUGAAGAAUUCCAUAAGCACAUGUUAGAUCACAACAUAGAAUUGUAUGUGGUGUUUGGAGUCAAUUGCUUGCUUAGCUAAAGUGCCCCAUGCAAGGACCUGAAGUCCUGAGGGGCCAGGAGUGAGGCAAGGAUGGAAAGCCCAGAGCAAGAUGUGGAGAUUAAUCUAUCAUUUUCCUUACCAUUGCUGGCUGCUCUAUUCAGUACAGGAGGGUCCUAAUGGGUUCCUCUAGGGGUUUUAAAUGUUAACAGGAACAGAGGCAGAAGAAAAAACCCUCUGUGCUAUGCUUAUAGCAAGAAGAUCUCUUCCUCUUUCUUUACAUUACAGUUGCUGAAUCAGAUCCUCUCAAUCAUUUGGAAUUGCUAAAAAUUCAGUUCUUAAAAGCAUCCCAUUUCCUUAAGUGAGAAAAUAAUAUCCCCAUCAAAGGGGAAAAAGUAAGGAAAAAGGAAGACUAUUUUAGGAAAGUAUUCCAGUAUAACCUUUCUGAAGUCUGGUUACUAAA